GAUGUAGUGAUGCUCUACGUGCUGCUGUUUAGACCUCAUCCAAAGCACAAGGGGCGGGCUCCGAGAAAACUUUCCCAACUGGUGAUUUGAUGAAGGGAGGAUUUUCCAGUGUCAGUAUCUCAGAGCCGGUUCAGGUUCAGUGUUGCGGCGUUAGUCCAGCCUCCUCACGGUGCACAACUCUCAGGGAACGGAGUGGCUUGCGCUUUUUUCAUGAAAGCCCUUUGCCACCAGUGCGAGAGCUGGGCUAAAGGGGAAUCGGAUCUGAAGGGCCCAGUCUGGCUGUAAGAAGCAUCCUUGUACUUUCCCACAUGGCGCUGUAGUAUAAGCACAUUUUUGUGGACUGUCGACGGGAUCAAAUUGUAAAGAAAGUCGCCCGUUUUCCGUAUAGCUGGGGGCGCUCACCAUGGAGAUGCAAAGAUGGACCACCAGGUGGAAAACGAAAAGGUGGCUAUGGGAUUCAACGCUAAUCGUUACGGUCACAGUUAUUUUAAUUCUCCAAGCUGCCAAUGUUAGAGCAGCUGAACCAGUGGAUGUACUGAAGGUGCUGGAUUUUCAGAGCUCUCCUGAAGGAAUAAGGAAAACAGCAGGCUUCUGCACAAUGCGGAGAGGAUCCAAACCCGAUGUAGCUUAUCGAGUGGGAAAAAGGGCUCAGCUCAGUGCUCCGACUAAGCAGCUUUUCCCAGGGGGGGUAUUCCCAGAGGAUUUCUCUAUAGUGUUUACCAUCAAGCCCAAGGCUGGCCUCCAGUCCUUCCUGCUUUCUGUGUACAACCAGCAAGGCUUGCAGCAGCUUGGAGUAGAGGUGGGCCGUUCCCCUGUCUUCCAAUAUGAGGACCAGCAUGGCAAGCCUGUCCCAGACGAGUACCCUUUGUUCCGUUCCGUCAAACUUUCUGAUGGCAAAUGGCAUCGCGUAGCUAUCAGUGUGGAGAAGAAGAGCGUUACCAUCAUUGUGGACUGUAAGAAAAAGGUGACAAGACCACUCGCCAGAAGUGACCAUGCCAUUAUCAGCACAGAGGGCAUCACAGUCUUUGGCACCCGAAUCCUAGAUGAAGAGGUCUUUGAGGGUGACAUCCAGCAGCUGCUGAUAGUGGCAGACCCCAGGGCAGCCUAUGACUACUGUGAACACUUCAGCCCCGACUGUGAAACCCCCAACCAUCAUGACACCCCGCAGGCUCAGGAACCUGAGUAUGAGUACACUAACUAUGAGUACGGUGAUAACUAUGACUACAAUGACGGAGCGAUAACCACUGACUCUUCCCCAACCGAAGCAGCCAAAACUCAGACAAAUGUGGGUGGAGACUAUUAUACAGAUGAGUUUGACUACACCGUAGUGGAUGGAAGUCAACCUGAAAAUCCCACUGAUACUGCAGGACAAGGCGAGGCGUACACAGAGGAAAUAGUGGAUGAUUACAUCACUGGUGUGGAAGAGGUCGGUGUGGAUCCCACUACUGGUGUGGAAACCGCUGCCCCAGAGGUGGACCCAGGGACUGACGUGUAUGAGUUUAAGGAAUACGACCUGAAUGCAUAUGACAACAAAGAGUUUACAGAGAAGCAAUAUAAUUAUGAAAGCUAUGAUGAAUUCGACUACAACGCCAAGCCUACAUCUGUACCACACGAGGAACAUGUUGGCCCUGGUGCUCCAGCUGAAACAGAUAUCAAAGAGAGCAGUGUGCAUGGAGGUCAAAGGUACCUGGGAGAAAAAGGAGAGAAGGGCGAACCUGCUGUCAUAGAGCCGGGGAUGCUUGUAGAAGGACCCCCAGGAGCCCCUGGCCCAGCAGGUGUUACUGGUAACCCAGGAUUGCAAGGUCCCCCAGGUCCACCAGGAGACCCUGGUCAGAGGGGCUCUCCUGGGCGUCCUGGUAUUCCUGGUUCAGAUGGUGUUCCUGGGCCUUCAGGGACAAUUCUGAUGCUUCCAUUCCGCGCAGGUGGUGAAGCACACAAAGGACCUGUGAUUACAGCCCAGGAAGCUCAGGCUCAAGCCAUUCUGUCUCAGGCUAGGCUGGCAAUGAGAGGUCCUCCAGGGCCAGCGGGCAUGGCAGGAAGAUCUGGACCUGUGGGAGGACCUGGUGCUCCUGGACUUAAAGGUGACGGUGGUGAUCCUGGGCCACAGGGACCCAGAGGUCUACAAGGCUCAACUGGUCCACCAGGAAAAUCAGGAAAAAGGGGUCGAAAUGGAGCUGACGGUGCACGAGGAAUGCCAGGAGAAGCGGGAGCCAAGGGCGAUCGAGGUUUUGAUGGUCUCCCUGGUCUUCCUGGAGAGAAGGGACAUAGAGGAGAACAGGGCUCGACAGGUCCUCCAGGACCCCCAGGAGAAGAUGGCCCAAGAGGUGAAGAUGGCCAGGUUGGACAGAGAGGUGUGGCUGGAGAGAUGGGUCCUAGAGGUUUGCUUGGCCCCAGAGGGUCUCCUGGCCCCGCAGGACAGCGUGGUCUUCCUGGUCUUGAUGGGCAACCUGGUCCUAAAGGAAAUAUGGGUCCACAAGGAGAGGCAGGGCCUCCUGGGCAGCAGGGUAUGCCUGGUCCAAAUGGUCUUAUUGGUCCUCAAGGUCCAAUCGGGCCUCCUGGUGAAAAAGGACCUCAAGGGAAGCAAGGUCUGCAUGGCCUAGCUGGUGCCGAUGGUCCUCCUGGUCACCCAGGCAAAGAGGGUCCUCCAGGCGAGAAAGGAGCAGCUGGUCAUCCAGGUCCUAUGGGAUCCAUCGGCUACCCUGGGCCUCGCGGUGUGAAAGGCGCUGAGGGAAUUAGAGGCCUUAAAGGUGACAAAGGAGAAAAGGGAGAAGAUGGAUUUCCAGGAUUUAAAGGUGACAUGGGGCUCAAAGGUGACAAGGGUGAAAAUGGCGUACUAGGGCCCAGAGGAGAGGAUGGCCCUGAGGGUCCUAAGGGAAAGUCAGGACCCACUGGGGAGUCUGGCCCUAUGGGGUCAGCUGGAGAGAAGGGAAAACUUGGAGUUCCUGGAUUGCCUGGUUACCCUGGAAGACAAGGGUCAAAGGGCUCCAAUGGCUUUCCUGGAUUCCCUGGGGCAAACGGCGAGAAAGGAGCAAGGGGAAUUGCUGGCAAAUCUGGCCCUAGAGGGCAACGUGGCCCAACGGGUCCACGUGGUGGCCGUGGUGCUAGAGGACCAACAGGAAAGCCGGGUGCUAAGGGCAACUCAGGCAAUGAUGGACCUCCCGGCCUGCCAGGGGAGCGGGGACCUCAAGGACCACAGGGACCUGUCGGCUUCCCUGGACCCAAAGGACCUAAUGGCCCACCGGGGAAAGACGGGCUGCCCGGUCAUCCUGGACAGCGGGGAGAAACGGGCUUCCAAGGAAAGACUGGACCUCCGGGGCCUGGAGGAGUGGUUGGACCACAGGGACCAACUGGAGAGACAGGACCAAGUGGAGAGCGAGGACAUCCCGGCUCUCCUGGUCCACCUGGUGAACAAGGUCUACCUGGAGCUGCUGGAAAAGAGGGCGGAAAGGGUGAUCCAGGUCUUCAGGGUCCUAGCGGCAAGCCAGGACCUGCUGGCCUGAGAGGUUUCCAAGGUGCAAGAGGUCUUCCAGGGGCCAUGGGUCCAGGUGGCUUAAAGGGAGGAGAAGGGCCUCAGGGUCCCCCUGGCCCCAUCGGUUCUCCUGGAGAGAGAGGUCCUGCUGGCUCUGGAGGUCCCAUUGGUCCCACAGGACGUAAUGGUCCCCAAGGACCACCUGGCCCUGCUGGAGAAAAAGGGGGUCCUGGAGAGAAAGGUCCCAUGGGUCCUGCUGGCCGUGAUGGCAUUCAAGGUCCUAUUGGUCUUCCUGGUCCAGCUGGUCCACAGGGUCCCCCUGGUGAAGAUGGUGACAAGGGAGAAGUUGGUGGACCUGGACAGAAGGGAAGCAAAGGAGACAAGGGUGAACUUGGUCCACCAGGCCCAACGGGUCUCCAGGGUGUAGUUGGAGCUCCUGGUCCAGCUGGCAGUGAUGGUGAAGCUGGACCAAGAGGACAGCAGGGUAUGUUUGGCCAGAAAGGAGAUGAAGGACCAAGAGGAUUCCCAGGUUUACCCGGACCCAUUGGACUGCAGGGUUUGCCCGGCCCUCCUGGUGAGAAGGGAGAGAAUGGAGACGUCGGACCAAUGGGUCCACCUGGUCCUCCUGGCCCCAGAGGUCCUCAGGGUUCCGGUGGAGCCAGUGGUGCACAAGGUCCUCCUGGGAGUAUUGGUACAAUGGGAGGUGUCGGUGAAAAGGGAGAAACCGGCGAGGCUGGCAACCCAGGACCACCUGGAGAGCCCGGUAUCGGCGGCCCGAAAGGAGAGACGGGUGAGAAGGGAGAAACUGGGCCCCCGGGAGCUGCUGGACCCGCCGGUGCACGUGGACCCCCUGGAGAUGAUGGUCCCAAGGGUAACCCUGGUCCUGUCGGCUUCCCAGGAGACCCUGGCCCCCCUGGUGAGCCUGGUGCUGCUGGUCUGGAUGGUUUACCUGGAGACAGAGGAGAUGAUGGAGAGGCUGGACAGCCAGGCCCUUCAGGUCCAUCUGGUGAAGCUGGAGUACCAGGACCUCCUGGCAAAAGGGGACCCGCUGGACCAGCAGGUCAGUCAGGCAGACAAGGAGAAAAGGGAUCUAAGGGAGAAGCUGGAGCAGAAGGACCUGUUGGGAAAACUGGACCUGUGGGACCCCAAGGUCCCCCUGGAAAGCCUGGUGCUGAGGGUCUUCGUGGAAUCCCUGGCCCUGUUGGUGAGCAAGGACUCGCUGGUGCUUCCGGUCAAGAUGGCCCUCCUGGUCCUAUUGGACCCCCUGGACUUCCUGGUAUGAAAGGUGACUCUGGAUCCAAGGGAGAGAAGGGUCACCCAGGUCUAAUUGGUCUAAUUGGACCUCCUGGUGAACCUGGAGAGAAGGGAGACAGAGGUCUUCCUGGACCCCAGGGAACUGGAGGUGGCAAGGGAGAGCCUGGCAUUAAUGGUCCACCAGGUCCUCUUGGCCCUCCUGGCCCUCCUGGAAUUUCUGGUCCUCAAGGACAAAAGGGCGCAAAAGGAUCAACCGGUUCGACUGGUCAGAAGGGAGACCCUGGAUUGAUUGGGGCACCCGGACCACCUGGUCCAGCUGCUGAUAUCAUCCAGCCCCUGCCCAUCCAGCAGUCUUCCCGAAAGACCAGAAGGCAAGCUGAGAUGCAGGGAGAUGAGGCACUGGCAGACUACAGCGUUGAUGGAGUGGAGGGAAUGGAGGAUGUUUUUGGAUCUCUCAACAACCUCAAACAGGACAUUGAGCGCAUGAAGUUCCCAAUGGGCACCCAAGAUAACCCAGCCAGGACCUGCAAUGACCUGCACCUUAGCCAGCCUGAUUUCCCAGAUGGUGAAUACUGGAUUGAUCCAAACCAGGGCUGUAUAGGAGACACCAUCAAAGUGUUCUGUAACUUCACAGCAGGUGGAGAAACCUGCAUCUACCCAGACAAGAAAUCCACAGGGGCUAGAAUAUCUAACUGGCCUAAGGAGUCUCCAGGUUCAUGGUUCAGUGAAUUUAAGCGUGGCAAAAUCUUAAGCUACGUUGAUGCAGCAGACAACACCAUCAACCCAGUGCAGAUGACCUUCCUGAAGCUGCUAAGCUCCUCAGCUCGGCAGAACUUCACCUACAUUUGCCAUCAGUCUGUGGCCUGGCACGAUAAAGAUGCUGACAACUAUGACAAGGCACUGCGCUUCCUGGGCUCCAACGACGAGGAAAUGUCUUAUGACAAUAAUCCCUUCAUCAGGCCGCUGAUGGACGGCUGCUCGGCGAAGCAGGGCUAUGCAAAGACGGUGUUGGAGAUCAACACUCCCCGCAUCGACCAGUUGCCCAUAAUUGACGUCAUGCUGAAUGACUUUGGGAAAUCCAACCAGAGGUUUGGCUUUGAGGUCGGACCUGUGUGUUUCCUUGGCUAGACACACCCCUGCUCCCCGCUGAAGGACAGGGUCAGAGGGUAUAUAUUAACACCCACAUGCUGAGAUCUGACAACCUUCAUCUUCUCUCCCCGCGAAGCGAAAGCCUGUCUUUUCUUUUGUUGCCAAGAAGAUCCACUAAAGCAAGGAGAAGAAGAGUCCCCCAGGCCCUGUCAUGAAAGCGCUGACCAGGGGAAACUGCUCCUCGCCCUUGUAGGGCCAGAAUCACAUGACUUUAACUUACUAAUGGGAAUGACAUCAGGAAAAGGACAUUUGAUGCCAUGGUGGACGGUGGCACACUUACAGCAGCAGAGAGAGGAUCCACUCCCCCUAAGCCCAAUCCUCCCUCAUCCUUCCCCUACAACCACGCCUCCCUCUCUCGGUGCUCCCGGUGCUGCUCUGAAUACAACCACAGAUGUGCUUUUGUGCAGAAUCACAAAACACUCAAGGUGCUACAAAUUUUUUUUUGAUCAAACUGUAAUUAUUAUUAUUAUUAUUUGUACAAUACUGUUCCUUUAUGAAUCCACUCUAAAAACCUGCAUGUGCCCCGCCUCUGAAAUUUUCAAUAAAUAUUUGGUAAACAGCAUUAGAAUAAAACCUAUUUAAUGUCUGUUAAGAACAAAUUUGAUGAGAAUUAUCUUUUAUUUUAUAUUUGAUAAGAACUCCAAUUUGUAAGUAUGACUUAAUCUUUUUGUAAAUAACACAACUUUCGGGACUUUUAUGAGAUUAAAAAGAAACUGGAACAUCCAACACAAACACCAUUUUUUAUUUUUUUGUUUAUUAAAACUCAGUUGGGAAACCACGGGAAUAUAAAUAUUACAAAAAAUGGCUUAUUCUUUAAGACAGAAUUUAUUCAGUUAGAUGCCUCUGUUACAAAUGUGGACCCAUUUGGCUCUUCAGCCUUGUUUAUAAUCAAGUUUGAACAUUGAUUGUGGUUUCUAACUUUUACAAAGAAAUAAUUCCAAGAAAAGCCUUGUUCAUGUUUUCUUUGUAACAAUGGACAAAAUGUUUUCAUGUGCCUUGAAUUGUUCAUUUAAAAAUAUUAAAACUGGAUUCUCAAAAAUGUCUGUGUUGCUAUUUGGGUGAAGAAAUAAGUAGCGAUCUUGUUGUGAUUCUGCGCUGCCUUCUACAUACUACCUUAACUUGGCCAUGAUAAUUUAAGAUUAGUGAGGAUUAGUGGUUCCGAGUGUUUGGGUUCAUGUGAUUGAUUCUGCCGAGCCCAGGCGCUGUGAUCUAUCCAGCUUUUCUCUCUGACUCAGAUUUGACUUUGAUCAACAUCUGUUUGCCUCUCCACAUCGUUAGCUUAAAGCUAUGAUAGCAAAGACUUCAGAACCGCUUUGAAACCUGUGUAAUAGCAGUAUGUUUACAACCUAUGUACAACUGAAAUAAAUGUCUGGUGCUUUGCCAAA